UUUCAGCGCCGGGACCGCGUUGCCCAGCAGAUGCGCGCACUGGGAGCGUGUCUUUAAAACCCGAGUUUUGGCCAAACGGAGGAGCGCGGCGGACCUAUCUCUCUCUCUCCCUCUCACUCGCUCUCUCUCUCUCGCUCUCUCUCUCUCUCGUCCCCCCCUCCACCCCCCACUCAGCCGGCCUGUCACCCGCCUGUUCGUCCCUCCAUCGCGGCUCAGAUGGCGAACCUGCCCCGCACCGUGACGCUGAAGGGACCCUCUCCGUGGGGGUUCCGCCUGGUGGGAGGACGGGACUUCAGCACGCCGUUAACCGUCUCCAGGGUAACGCCUGGCAGCAAGGCGGCCCAGGGUGACCUCUGCCCGGGAGACACCAUCCUGGCCAUCAACGGAGACAGCACGGAAGUCAUGACGCACAUGGAGGCUCAGAACCGGAUCAAAACCUGCACUCAGCAGCUCACGCUCAGCGUCUGCAGAUCGGGUUCAGGAGACAGAGUGUGGUCGCCCACAGUUAGCGAAGAUGGCAAGACAAGCCCCUACAUGGAGCCUGAGUCACAGAAUUUUCGUCCCAUCACCAGCGGAUAUGGCGGUUACAGCCGUAAACCGUCAUACACCACUGAAUCGCCUUCCCCUCAGGCUCUGCAGUCCCCCCAGCCUCUGCAGUCCCCCCAGCCUCUGAAGCCCACUCAGGCCCCACAGCCCACUCAGGCCCCACAGCCCACUCAUCUGAAUAACGGACACUCCAGACCCAACAACGGCCACAGCUACGGAUAUGGGAAUGGCACUGGGCACGCUCAGUACAACAACCCAGCGGGACUGUACGCUCACAACGGCAGCAACGGAGACAGAGCUCUGCCAAGCAAGAUGGGAGGCCUCAGCAUCAGCGCCACACACAGCCCGGAGCCUCCUCCUCAGUCCCCUGUGAACCGCAACGGCUUCGACCUGCAGUCAGAUGUGUACAGGAUGCUGCAGGACUACGAGGAGCCCGCCUCCGAGCCCAAACAGUCCGGUUCCUUCAAAUACCUCCAGGGUAUCCUAGAGGCCGAAGACGGAGGCAUGUCACCAACAGAGAGGAUGAGAAGCCUAAAAUCUCCAGUCCGCUCUCCAAUCCCCAAGCUGGGAAGCCCCAUCCCGCCCCCCAUGUCAGGACUUCAGAAGCUCCCCCAGUGCACACGCUGCUGUAACGGUAUUGUCGGGACCAUCGUCAAGGCCCGGGACAAGCUCUACCAUCCCGAGUGCUUCAUGUGUGACGACUGUGGGAUCAACCUCAAGCAGAGAGGCUACUUCUUUAUCGAGGACAAUUUGUACUGUGAGACUCACGCCAUGGCCCGCGUCCAGCCCCCAGAAGGCUACGAUGUUGUUGCAGUGUAUCCCAAUUCCAAGGUGGAGCUAGUGUGAGAUGGAGGGGAAGGUGAUACAGUUAUACUGUAUAACUGGGGAUUCAAACAAUGGUCGAUCGGGCUCUGUCAAGAUGGGCUGCUGAUCUGGGGUCAGUUUUACAUUGAUGCUAGUUUGUUAAUGAUCCAAGAUCAGCAUUUCCCCAGUGACAGACUCCAUUGACGCCAUGUAUAUUGAGCAGAUGGAAUAAGAAGGCUUUGUCUUGGUUCGACCAUUGCAACAGCUGACAUUGUUUUCUGUUUCCCAAUCUGAUGGCUCUCAUCUCGCAUCUCAGCUUAGCUUGCAAUGAAUAUCUGUUUCUGGGAAAAAGAAAAAAAAAAAACCAAAACAAACAAAACACUGAACGAAAUACAGUCAUGAGAAAGUAUGUACAUUUACACCACAAGUACAGUCCAGUCACAUUAAAACAAAGAAUCACAGUGCAUAGAAAGCUGAAUGCUGUUUGAAGUGACUGCUCCGGACCAUUUAUCACCAUCAACAUGUUUUAAUGCAGGCAUUGCUAUAACCUCAAGAUGCUAGUGUGUGUGCUCUGCAAACCUUUUAAGCCGGUUGGUGUGUUUGCUGUGAUUAACUCUGCAGAGAUUGUUCUAAAACUUUUGGGAUCUUUAUUUGGAUUCAUAAUAGCAGUUUGCAUCGUAGCACACAAAAUAUCACAUCAGGCAUAGCGACACAUUGUGGUUAAGGGUUGAAACGUGUAUUUUUAUUUAUGCUGUUGUCAUUAUUAUACAUGCAUUCCUGAUUUAAAUGUAUGCAGUUUACUUAUUCCGGAAUUUCCGUGUUUUAAAACUGGGCAGCAUCUCUGUUUGAUAGUCUACUCCUUUAUCAGUUUAUGAAGCAACAAGCAACAUUAAGCAGAUCUCUGACAGGUGUAACUAUGAAUGUCUGGAUUUCUUGUCAAUAUGCUUUGGUGACUGGGUGUAGCGAACUAUAACCUGUUUUCAAUGCCUCCGUAUGCAGCUAUGUAAGCACCACCUUCCAAAAUGUAAACAAAUCCCUGCAGGAGACAUCCUGGGAGCUUUGUGAGAGGCUCUAAACCUCGGUGAGAUUCAGCUUAAAGAAUCUCUCCCAGAUGUGAACGCAGCCACAACAAAACGAGGAAUGACGCUUUAAUGAUCAUUCACUUCGCUUAAUUUGGUGCAUGCAUGCAAUGGAGACAUUCUGAAGGAGAGGUCGUCCAUGUUGGUGUCUCUGGCUCAUGCACACGACUGAAAGAGGAAUCAUUCAUAAAACAAAAACAAGCACCCAGAGUUCACCGACGGUUUUUAUGACUGGAAACGGUCCAGGUCGACACCGCCGAGCUCUCCACCUCUCAAAACAGCCUUUAAAAUGUCUGUGUGCAUUUGACACACGGCCAUAGAAAACUGUUAGAAACUUGUAAACUGGGACUUCACAUGUGGGAGUAAUACUCACUGCGUUUCUUUUUUUUUUUUUUUUUUUUUUUUUUUUCGGACUUGCUGUGUUGUGACAUUGCAGUACUUCUCGGGAAAAGAUGGAGAUGUGGGAAGGUGUAUUCUCUCCCGAAAAUGAAUUCAGGUCCAUGGUCACCCGUGAGGUGAACGAGUUUCUUGACAACUUCCUGCGAGAUGAAUUGAGUUUGUAAUGACGUAGCUUGUUGUGAGUAGUGGAGUGAACCGGGUGAUUGGAGAAGAGUGGUAUUAUUUUCAGUUUUAGAAAUAUUACUAACAAGAUUCUUGAGAUUUGUUCUUUGACAUGAGAAUGACUUUUGUAGUCCUGUUGUCCAUUGAUUUUGCAGAUAUCGACGUGUAGCUGCUGGUAUUUGCCACCAUUAUCAGUUGUCUUGUAAAUUAUGUGAAAAUUCUGUUUCUGCCACCGUGUUUCUUUGGUUUUGUACAUAUUUGUUUCAGUGUAAUUGCUUUAACAUGCAGUUCAUAACAAGUCACUUGUGCCUUUGCCCUUUUUGUCUUUUAAUGGUCUUUUUUGUCACAAAUCCUUUUGUCUUGUAUUUAACUUAUUGUUCUACCAAACACAUUUUUUUUGUUCUGAAUCUUCUUAUUUGCUUUUUUUUUCAGGAUUCUAAAUAAAAUGAGAAGUGUAUUA